AUGUAUGUUUCUCAUACUUCAGCUAACGAUGAAACCACCUCUUCCCCAGCGAAUACUAACGAUGCAAGGUUCCGCAAGGAGCAUUCAUUCAAUGAGGCAGCCUCGUCCAAUGAAACACCUGCUACUUCGUCCCAGUCCUUCAAUAUCCCCACCAACAAAGGCUCCAAGAGGUAUCCAAUCCAAGAUGUCUUCAACGUGUGGUAUGAGGUUAAAGACCAAGUUCUUAACCAGCCACCAGCUUCCAGGCCCCAGGAAAACUACAAGCAUUCUGUUCCCAAGGAGAUCUACCAUCUCAACUUGCAAAAACAAGCGCAAGGCGGUAUGCUGAUCCAGCCUACGGAUACAUCGAGCCAGUUGGAUCCGCUGUAUCAGCAGAGCCAAUCACUGAACCAGUCUAUUCAAGGGUCUGUGCCUUCUUUGGAGGAUGAAAUGGCCCAGAUGAGCGUGGGAAAGAAGCUGGCACCGCCUCCCAACCUUGCCCCACCAGAACGGUCAAACUCUACCGAUCGAAACUUGGUGCAGCCUGAGCAUCUUUUCUGGCUCUAUCUUGACCCAUCUGGAAAUGAGCAAGGUCCGUUCCUGGGUCUUGUUAUGCAAGAAUGGCUUACGGACGGGUACUUGGAUUUCGAUUUGCGUAUACGUCGUGCUGAAGAGUCCAACUUCUACUCAUUGAAGCAAUUCUGUGAAGGUGUGAAGAAUUAUGUUCAACCGUUUAAGGUACCAUUGCCGGAUUUGACUGGAUCUCAGCAGGGUCGUGACUCUCUGCAGAUUCCUAAUCCUCCUCUAGGCGAUACCAAUCAACAGUCUGCAUUUGCGGCCAGUAACUUGUACUCGUCGCUUUUGCCAAAUGGAGGUAAUCUGAAUCUUGGUGCCGCAUCCAUGAGAAUGAGUAACUCCAACAACUUAUUUGAUUUCAUGGGCUCUCGUGACUAUCCGUUGAUGAACCAACCUAACCAGUUCUCCAACAAUCAAUUUGCCAUCGAUCCCGUUAGCAUGAACUUGGGCCAGAACUUGGGCCAAAACUUAGGUCCCAAUCUUGGCCAAAACUUAGGCCAAAACUUGUCAGGCAGUUUUGGCCAGUUGCAUAUGCCUUCCUUGCUCCAGCAGCAGAUUCAGCAGCAACAGCAGCCUAACUUGUCCAGGAAUAACUCGGGUUGGGGAUUGGACACAACUAGUGGCUUGAUGGGUGGAAACCCUCUGACUCCUGGUGCUGUAAACACGAAUCUUGCUGGGUUAGGCAACCUGGGCCAAAUGUCGCCUUGGCUUUCUGGCGUACAGUCGGUGUCCAGAGUUAACUCCCCAUUUGUUCCAUCAUCCUCAUUGACAGGGUCUGUCUCUGCUGAGGGUUCUGACAUCGCCAAGCCUCAGUCUGACGAUCCCGUUCUCCAUGACAUCCACAGCUCGAUGGUCACUGGCAUUUUGAAUGACGAUGAUCAUCGCCGCCAACCUGCUGAAGAACCACCUGCUGAACCAGAACAACCUAGUGAAGCUCCUUAUGAAGAUCCUACUGCGAAAAUGCCUGGAGCUUUUAUUCCAGAGCCCGAGGUGGAAGAACCUCAACCUGCAUCACCUCAAAAAUCUGUUACGGAGGUGCCUACCGAGCCAACGGAAGAAACUGUUCCUGAGCAGCAGCCAGAGCCAGCAAAGGAAACCGUCAAAUCAGAAGCCAAGCAGGAAAAGCCCGCUUUGGCUCCAUGGGCCAAGAAGGCUGCUUCUUCAACAGAACAAACUAAACCUUCUAUGACUUUGAAAGAAAUCCAGGCUUUGGAAGCUGCUCGCUUGCGUGAAGAGCAACAAAUCAAAGCUGAGAAGAGACAACAGGCAGCUUUAGCAGAGGCUAUUGCCAUUUCGAAAGAGGAGGCAGCUGCAGCUGCAGCUGAGAAACCAACUUUCAAUUGGGCUAACAAUCCAUCGCAGCCUGUUAUUGGCAAGAAGUCUUUGGCUGAAAUUCAGAGAGAGGAAGCUGAAGCAGCGAAGAUUAAACACGCCGCUAGCAAGGCGGCUGCUCCAGCCAAGACCUCUCUUGCUAGCUCGUUGGCUGCCUCUGCACCAAAGGAAGAUAACGCUUGGACCACCGUUGUGAGCAAGAAACCUGCUCCAGCAAAGAAGCCCGCUCCAGCACCUGUUUCAUACUCUUCAGCUGCUGGUGCCUCGACGAGCUCCAUUUCUCCUCAGAUGUUGCGUGCUGCUUCUUCUACCAGUACCAACACACUGACCAUCAAUGGAAACGCUGUCAGAGAGGACUUCCUCGUGUGGGCCCGUUCAGCCAUGACAAACAUGUACCCUUCUGUUUCCAAGAAUGACUUGCUUGAGAUUUUCACCACCUUGCCUAUGCAUCCUGAUUCCAGCCAAUUGAUUUCUGAGACAAUUUACAGCUCUUCUGCUACCAUGGAUGGUCGUAGAUUUGCUCAGGAAUUCAUGAAGAGAAGACAAGCUGUCGAGAAACAGGUUGGCGCUGGCAGCGGUGAGAAUUGGUCCGCUGCUAUUGUUACAAGUGCCGAUAAGAUCCCUACCGUUGACGAUGAAGGAUGGAGCACUAGCAAGACUAAGAAGAAGGGAAAGAAGAAUUAG